AUGGCGGAGUAUCUGAUCUUGUCGCUGAUCGAGUCCGUUAAAAAAAAAAACCAGAAACAUCUUCCCUACUCGCCUGCGCCUAGCGCAGGACGUCAUAUUCGUACGCUCACAAACACUAUAGAGAGUAGAUCCGAUGAGUCCGAAGAUGAAUUUCCAAACAAUGCAAGACGGAGGUUUGUUCGAGAUACAACCAGGUUAAAGGAAAACGAUAUAAAUUACAUCAUUAAACAGGCCUCUGGAAUAGGGCAUAGUUCUGACCAACAGAAUGUGUCUAUCACACCUGUGAUACAAAGGAGAGCUCUUAGGCCUGAUGGUUUUAGCACAAAUGAAAAAUGUAGAUUAAGAAAUAGUCUUUUACCAAAUAAGCCAUGUACGAUACAGAAUUAUGAUACUAAAGUAUUCUGCGGUUUAUAUUCUAAGGAUGGGAGGUUCUUCAUCACUGCCACUCAGGACAAACAGUUGCAUGUAUAUCGCACACAUGGUGACAGAUUUGACUUAUAUAAAGAAAUUCAGGCACGCGACGUUGGUUGGAGUAUUCUGGACUUAGCGUUUUCUCCGGAUGGUAGAUAUAUCGCGUACUCGAGCUGGUCGGAAAGUCUGUAUCAAUGCCCUCUCUUUGGGCGCAGAGAUGAUGCCCUGGAAAAGCUACAAUUAAGACCAACAGAACGACGAUUCACCGUGUUUUCGAUAGCGUUUUCACACGAUGGGAAAGAGAUCAUUGGUGGCGCUAAUGAUGAAUGCCUUUACGUAUAUGAUCGCGAGCUUCAUCGGCAAGUUUUGCGGUUUCGAGGUCACGACAAAGAUGUCAAUACUAUAGCUUUUGCUGAUAACACUUCACAAAUCUUCUACACUGGUAGCGACGACGGAUUAUGUAAGAUAUGGGAUAGAAGAACGAUAAAUGAAACUAAUCCUUGUGCGGUUGGAGUGUUGGCCGGUCAUAGCAAUGGAAUCACAUAUAUCGAUUCACGCGGUGAUCAACGAUAUUUAAUAUCCAAUUCUAAAGAUCAAAGCAUUAAGUUGUGGGAUGUACGCAAAUGCUCCAGUCAUAGAACCGAGCAAAUUGCUAGACAGUUUGUUGAUCGUCAGGACUGGGACUAUAGAUGGCAGCGCAUGCCUGAAAUGACACGGGAACCGCAAAUUUUAGACGGCGACACCAGUGUUAUGACGUAUUACGGUCAUUGUAUCCGUAAAACCCUGAUACGUUGUCGUUUCUCGCCAGAAAUUACAACCGGCCAAAGAUACAUUUGCACAGGAGAUUCGAGAGGUCGGCUGAUCAUAUACGAUCUUCUAACGGGGAAAAUCGUGCUCAAUGUAAGAGGUCAUAGGGGAUGCGUCCGUGAUGUUAGCUGGCAUCCUUAUAAUCACAUUAUCCUUACCUCAUCCUGGGAUGGGAAAGUAGCUAAAUGGAUCUACAGGGAUGAUAUGAGUGGUAAUGUGGACCAAGAAGAAGAGGAACUGGUCAUUACUAAUCCCCCUACACUAUUACGGCGAAGUGAAAGAAUAGCUGGACAAAGAAGAGCAUGCUAAUUCGUAUAAUACCGAAUUAGCAUGCUCUUUUUUGCCCAAUAAAAACAAAUUUGUUUCGAAAGGCAAGGAGAAUAGAGGAAAUGGCUAUCGAUGACAGAUUUCGCUCAAGUUCUGCUUUUGACUUUCCGUCGAGAAUACAAGUACUCGGUGUACAAGACUGAAGAACACGCUUUCUCCCGUCCGUGUUUACGUAUUUUGCGGGAAAAUAAUUCUCGUUAUGAUCACUUUGUGUCAUUGAUACAAGUUGAGCAAGAACACCGUUACUCAAUCUGUUGUGAUGGCACGAUCUAUUCACGCGCUACGCAUAUCUCUCUUCCUCCUCUCCUUUUCACAUUGUUUACAAAUGUUUUACACUGCAAAGAAGCGAUGUAUUUUUAUUAAGUCAUCAUUUCGUUUUUAUGAAACCUUUGACGAAUUAUUCCAUCAAACGACAUUUUUUUCACAAUAUUAAUCGGUUCUUUUUCCUGGAUUAUGACUUUUAUAUUUGGACUGUUUGGAUAUAGCACUCGAGCUAUAAGUAAACUAAAAUUAUCUCUAAAAUGUUUUCCUCUUUUCGAACAUAUCUCUAUAAUAUAAAAGUUCGCCUCAAAAAGGAUCGCCCCAGCGUUCGUUUUUAAUUAUGUAGAUUAGCUUACAUUAUCUUAUUAUUGUCUCAUUAAUAGAAAUUACAUUAUUAUAGUCUCAUUAAUAGAAAGGUAUUUGGGACCGAUUGUAUAACUUCUUCGCCGAGAUGAGAAAGGAUAAAAACACGAAUGAGAGAAAAUAAGAAAAAACAUUUUUUAGCAUUAAAACUGAUUAGAGAGCUGCUUAAUAUCAGUCAUACAUAUAGGUAAAGGCUCAAGCUUCUGCUCGCAUAAGAAUAAAAAAAGGAAUGUUUUUUUGUUGAGAAGAAACAAAAGAUUUCUUUAAUAAGAUAAUAGUGUAUAAUUAGUAGUUAUUUUAUCGUUUCAUAUUGUAUAGAGAUAUUUGUUCGCGAUUAUAAUAUGCGAUAUCACUGAUAAAAGUACAAAUCUCGAUGCUUUCAAUAUUAAAUAUGACGUAUUUUUCGCACAAUAUUCCAACUUCGAUCAAAACUAAAUAAUUUUGCAUUACUUUUGAAUAAUGAAGAAUGAUGUAUACAAUUGUAAAGCAACCUCGUUUUGUACUACGUUUAUUCUAAAGCUUUAAAGUGCGCGCACAUGCACGUACGUAUACACAAGCGAUUUUUUUAUGGAAUUAUUUUACUGCGGCGUCAAAUAAAAUAUCGUAUUAAUUUGUAUGUAUAUGUAUACUUGAAAUAAAAAUCGCCUCAAGGGGUGAACACACAGUUAGUUUAAAAUUAUUAAGAUUACUGUGUAGCGAGAGAAAAAAAUCGCUUGUGUAUGUGUAUGGAAUUUUAAUAAUUAAUUUUUUAACUUCAUUAUUUCGAAUAUUAAGAAAUAUUAAGAAAUAAGAGACUAUUGGGCGAUCCAUAAUUCCGAACCGAUUGUUAAGCCUUCAUAAUUAAUGUACAUUUUUAUCUCAGAACAUGUAACAUAUUGUUGGUUUAAUAUAAUACUGAUUAUUAUA